CUUGAUUCCAAAUGCGUUACUUCCGGUGAGACGGUGCUGAGUCGUAAUAUUUCAGUAUUUGAAAAGCUUGAACAAAAACUACAAUGAUUGGGACUAUAUAGAGAGUUUUAAAGUUACAGUAAUCAGGCAAUUUGUGUAAGGAGAAUUGUUGGCUGCCAUUCACGUAAGUAUCAUCUUAAAUCAUGGCUCCCAACAACCCACUGAACACAUGGGGGAAUGAGAAAACCAUGAACCUGAAUCCAUUAAUUCUCACUAACAUUCAGGCAUCACCAUACUUCAAAGUCAACUUGUACGAGCUCAAAACCUACCAUGAGGUCAUUGAUGAAAUUUACUACAAGGUGGAUCAUUUAGAACCAUGGGAAAAAGGUAGUAGAAAAACAGCUGGACAGACGGGAAUGUGUGGAGGGGUAAGAGGUGUAGGUGCGGGUGGAAUUGUUUCUAGUGCCUACUGUCUUCUGUACAAGUUGUAUACCCUGAAACUAACACGCAAACAGCUGAUGGGAUUAAUUACUCACAAGGAUUCACCAUACAUUCGAGGCCUGGGAUUCAUGUACAUUAGAUACUGCCAGGACCCUAAGGAGAUGUGGGACUGGUACGAGCCUUAUCUGGAUGAUGAGGAGGAAAUAGAUGUAAAGGCAGGAGGUGGACACAAAAUGACUAUUGGAGAGGUACUUCGCCAGUGGAUGGUAAAACUGGAAUGGUACUGCACCCUAUUUCCCAGAAUUCCAGUUCCUGUGCAGAAGGAUCUGAUGCAGAAACUGAAGGAGAGGCCGCCCCAGGCACCGACCUAUGAAGAGGAGGAGGAAGAGGAACCAGAGGAGUACAGGAGGCCAAGGCACAUCCCCGACGGGGAAGUCUCAUUUGGUGAAGCCGAAAGAAAUCUUCAUCACAGAAAUAGAUCACCUGAAUACAGACGUACCCCUCCACGACGAUCUCCUCCCAGAAGGAGGUCAAGGUCACCUCGCAGACAUCGAUCUAGGUCACCUGUCCAAAGAAGGUCAAGGUCCCCUAGAAGACAUCGGUCAAGGUCACCUUACAGACGAAGGAGUCCACCUAGAUAUUCACAGUCUAGAAGGAGGUCAAGGUCACCUCGUAAUGACUUUGCCAGGGAACUUGAGAGAGAACGUCGCAGACAGGAAAGAGACAAAAGGAGUGACAGAUCAAGAAGUAGAGAGAGGCAGAGAGGCCACAGAUCAAGAAGCAAAGAAAGACCUAAGCAUCGAUCAAGAAGUAAAGAAAGGUCACAGCAUCAGUCAAGGUCCAGGAGCAAGGAAAGAAUGCAGGCAAGAGCACAGAGGUCAAGGUCAGGAUCCAGAGAGAAAAAGAAGAAGAAAGAAAAAAAGCACAAGCAUAGAUCUAGGUCCAAAGAGCGUAAUUCUAAGCAUAAAUCACACUCCAAGCGUCACAGGGACGUUGAUGACGCCUCGCCAGAUAGAGAGGAAGUUGAUGCAAGGAAUGAUUCCUGAUCUCUGGUUAGAGUAGCUGUUAUAUGGAUGCCUUAAAACUUUUUAUUCACUGUGGUCUCAUAUACUGUACGUUUACAUUGUGUAUCAUUUAAAAAGACAAGGAUGGGAUCAAAACUGUGUAAUACAUUCACAUGAUUGUUUCAUCAUUAUUCUUCAUCACUUAAAAAAAGACUGUUUUUCACAGAUUUGCAUUGUUCAGUUAAAGAGUUGGUCUUCAAGGUAUUUCAGUAUUUGAUGUUGGAUAAGAAGUGUUUCUCCUAAUUCCAUUAGGUACUUCUUAAAUUUUAUUUCAUUUUCUUAUUUCAUGUUAUCAAACAGUAAAUAUUGCUAAUACUUGUAUCUCAAUUUCUAUGGAGAUUUUUUAAUCAUGCAGUGUGCUGCAGCAAUAUGUGACAAUGUCCGAUAUUAGAAAUACAUGUAGUCAUAUGUUCUUUAUCAAAUAUUUGUUGGUCAUAUACAUGUACGAGUUCAAUUUAAAAAAAAAAAAUCCAUUUUGUUCGAAACAAUGUACAAAAUUUCACAUGUGCAGAUACAAAGUUCAUUUUAUUUUGAAUCAUUUUAGAUUUUAGAUGGAUAUGUUUUUAUUUACAAUAAAAACAUUCAGAAAGUUA